AUGACGGAGCAAAUGCACCCUGUUAUCAUUAUUGGUGGUGGACCAGUGGGUCUCACAUCCUCUAUUCUUCUCUCUUUGCGGAAGAUCCCGCACAUUCUCUUCGAGCGGCAUCCUUCGACAUCGAUUCAUCCCAAAGCCGCAGGCAUCAAUCAACGCACGACCGAGAUUUUCCGCGUGAUGGGAAUCGAGGACGAAGUCUAUGCACAUGCCGCACCUCCAGAAAUCGCCGGACGAACAGCGUGGUAUACUUCUCUCGGACCCGAUGGCAAAGAGAUCUUUUCUCGAGAUGCGUGGGGCGGAGGCAUUUAUGAAGAAGAGUAUGCGAAGCAUAGUCCUUCGCGAUACUGUAUCCUGCCCCAAAUUCGAUUGGAGCCAAUCCUGAAGCGACGAGCGAUGGAGCUUAAUCGCACUGGCAUUUUGUACAAUCAUGAGGUCUUGACUGCUGAGAACGCGGAUGAUAGAGCUACGGUGACUGUGAAGAAUCGGACUACAGGCGAAAUAUCUGAGCAUCAUGCACGCUAUCUCAUUGUCUCUGACGGCGGCCGAUCCUUCACAGAGAAGCUUGGGGUGAGCUGGGGUGGCGAGGGUGGUCUAUUGACCAUGUCCAGUGCACACAUCCGAGCUCCAAUCAGGCCGCUUCAUCCUGACAACCGCAAUUUCAUGACGUGGUUUACCAACCCGGCAAUGGGAGGCAGUACAAGAACUGGCUACCUCUAUCAACUCGGACCUUGGCCAGAAGCGAUGACAAACCCUGCUGUUGAGGAAUGGAUGUUUGCUUGUGGAUUGACUGAAGACGAUCCACCGACUUUCGAUGAGAAGACUGUACUGGAUCGGGCGAGAAGGACGAUUGGGAUCCCAGAGCUUGAUAUUGAGCUCAUUAGUUUGAGUCACUGGACUGUGAAUGCUCUGUACGCUUCGCGAUGGCGGGUUGGGAGAAGUUUUCUGGUUGGCGAUAGUGCUCAUCGCAUACCGCCUUGGGGAGCUCUCGGCAUGAACUCUGGCAUUCAAGAUGCACAAAAUCUCAUCUGGAAAUUGAGUCUCGCUCUACACAACGAACAAAAAUACGACGGCCUCCUCGACACGUACGAGACAGAACGACUCGAAGUCGGCCGACGAGUGGGCCAAACCAGCCUUGAAAACAUGCGAUCCCAUUCUGGCCACAUCGAUGCUGCUAUGGGCGUGAGUAUGAACCAGACGAAAGCCGAGAAUAUCGCUGCUGGUGAAGCAUUCUUCGAUGGAAACCAUCCAGACUAUCAACGUAAGCAGGCACUCAUACAGGAAGCUUCGCGACAACUAGAUACAGAGUUCAAGGCGCCUGGCUACGAGGUUGGUUGGUUUUAUCCUUCGGCAGACAUCAACUCGGAAGGUGGAGAGACACACAACGGACAACAGCUGCCUGACGGGACUCUUGUUCCCCACACUUAUUUCGUAUCGACAAUCCCAGGACAUCAUUUGCCGCACGUGUGGGUAGAGAAUGAAGGCCAGACUGUGGCGAUCCGCGAUCUCCUGGAUCUCGAUAUUCUCACGCUUUUCGUGGAGAAUCUCGAACACUGGAGUUCCAAUGAUGCCCGCACGAAGGUCGUGGUCAUCGGUCCCAAUGGCUGGCAGGACAAGACAGGUGAAUGGCAGAAUCAUCGUGCGGUCGGGUCUUCGGGUGGAGUGUUGGUCCGACCAGACGGUAUCAUUGCGUGGCGAGGAGAUUUGGCUGAUGUACAAGGGCAAGACUGGAAGCAGUUGGUAGACAGAGUGCUGAAAGCCAAGAACUAG